UAUGUGAGGACGUGUUUACAUUUUAUUCGACUGUUUAGAGAUCAGAACUUCCACGUAUUUUUUGAUGUUUCUUUAAUUUUCUGCUAAAUAAAAGAUGCUUUCAAGUUGGUGAGAAGAUGUGAAAUUAAAAACUUAUCCUGGCAGUCAAGAGUUUUAUCAAAAUGCGUGGCUUGUUACUGAGUAUUGGCAGCAUCGUUCUAACUAGUUUGGUCAUUGGAAAUGCUUUUUAUCAGAAAGGACAGUUUUAUCCUUCAGUCGUGUAUAUAACAAAGUCUAAUCCGAGUCUAGCGGUCUUGUAUUUACAAGCAUUUGUAUUUGUCCUACUUCUUGGCCAACUCUCUCGUAAAGUAUUCUUCGGUCAACUACGCCCAGCAGAAACAGAGCAUCUAAUAGAGAGAUCCUGGUAUGCUGUGACGGAAACAUGUCUUGCGUUCACCGUGUUUCGAGAUAAUUUCAGUCCACUGUUUGUUGCCCAGUUCACAAUGCUGUUGUUCCUAAAGUGCUUUCACUGGCUUUCUGAAGACAGAAUUGAAUAUAUGGAAAGAAGUCCCAUGAUUUCAUUUCUUUUUCACAUUCGUGUUAUUUGUUUGCUAACACUACUGGGUACACUUGACUCCCUCUUUGUACACAAAGCGUACAACAGUGUCCUAAACAGUGGUGCUUCAACACAACUUGUCUUUGGCUUUGAGUAUGCCAUAUUACUGACUAUUGUCGUGGCUGUCUUUAUGAAAUAUGUCCUUCAUACAAUUGACCUGCAAAGUGUCAAUCCUUGGGAGAAUAAAGCAGUUUAUAUUUUGUACAGCGAACUUGUGAUGGGUUUCAUAAAAUCAAGUUUAUAUGUUUCAUUUAUGUUCAUCAUGAUAAGAGUACACACGUUCCCAUUAUUCGCUAUAAGACCAAUGUAUUUAACAUUAAGGUCGUUUAAAAAGUCGAUCAGCGAUGUGAUUAUGUCGCGAAGAGCCAUCCUAAAUAUGAAUACUCUCUACCCCGAUGCGACGGAAGAAGAGCUGGCGAGCGGUGACAAUGUUUGCAUUAUAUGUCGUGAAGAAAUGACAACGAAUGCAAAGAAGCUGCCUUGUAAUCAUAUAUUUCACAUCAGUUGUUUGCGUUCCUGGUUUCAACGACAGCAAACCUGUCCGACAUGUCGUUUGGAUGUCUUGGGACAACCGCAACACGCUCGCCCUGCGGCACAGGGUCCACCUGCUCCACAGCAAGGUAUACCACCUCAUGCAGCACAUAUGCCCCCACCUUUUCCAAUGUUUCCCAUGGGGUUCCCACCUGGUGCACCCCCGGGUGUGCAGCCAGGUCCCCCACCACCUCAACCACCCACUACACAAGGGACAUCUCCACCCUCAACGAGCUCUCAGCCAUCAUCAAUGCCAAUGCCAGGCACACUACCACCAUUCCCUCCUCCGCCAUUUCCCAUGUUUCCACCACCAAUGUUUGGAUUUCCUUUCCCUCAAGCAUCCUCAAAUGGCGACACAUCUUCUCUCACGAUGGAAGAGCUCAGAGCAAUGGAAGGCGAGGAACGCGAGAGUGUUGAAGCUCGUAUCAGAGUUUUGAGAAACAUUCAUUCGUUGCUUGACACGGCGAUAACGCAGUUGAAUCAAUACACACAAGCUGUGACGAGUACACGAACACCAACCUUUGGUGUGGGAUUUCCAUCCUCAGCUAGCGCCAGUACUGCUCCAGUCACAACUACCACGACACGAGAUCAGAAUAGCGCUGAAAAUAUUGUAUCGUCGUCUACUGCCGAUGUGCCUGGACCGAGUUGGGCGGUGCUUGACGAGAAUGCGGCGACUGCGAACGGCGAAGCACGAGACAUACCCGAGGGUAGAAACUUCACUGAUAAUACGGAUAAUGCAAACUCCUCACAUAAUGAUUUACGGCAGAGAAGAAUUGAACGAUUUUCAUCACAACCUAACGAAGAUCAAGAGUAAUUUGUGAUUAGCUCGAUAAACUGUAGACUGUAAAUCAAGGUCUUGAACUAAGUCACGAGUGUCAGGUGCAGCGCUUUAGAUCAGGCUAGGUGUGGACUGGGACUUCUAGUAACUGUUGUGAGAAGAAUAUCAUGGACUAUUGAAGAUUGAGUGUAAAAGCAAGUUGUUUAGAUUUAAAAUAAAUGUCCUGCAAGUUGUACUUGAUUCAUUAAGAAUCUUUUUUAUCUCAAGAUAGAAAAAGAGUCUUGAAGAUUCAUAAACCAAACAAGUUUCAAUCGUAAUAAAACCAUAAUGUUUCCAAUUACGUUAAUUAAUUAUUUAGUGUUUAAUUCUAAGCCAAUUCAUUCAGCAUUGAAUUGGUAGUGUUAUUUAACUUCGACUACCCUAUAUGUACCUUUCAAACUGUUAAAUGUUAUUAAACUUCGU